UCAUUACUCAUUUACAUUCCUAUCCAUCAUCCACUCAGCUUAUACCACUUCUCUACGUAAAUACUCCUCCUCCUCCUCCUCCUCUAUUCAUCAUCUUAAAAACCCUACCAUCCAUCUACACACACACACACAUCUCUGACUACUUGAUCAUCACUGACAUAUAUUCCACUAUGAAGACAACAAACACCUCAGACGGCCGUCCAAGUCGGCUGCCGGACUUCCAACAGAGUGUGAGACUCAAGUACGUGAAACUUGGGUACCAUUAUCUGACGACCCAUUUUUUUACUCUCUGCUUACUCGCUUUUCUUGCCUUCACUUUCAUUCAACUCUCGCAAAUUAACUUCCAAGGUCUCUACCUCCACCUCAAGUACAAUCUCGUCACCCUUAUGGUUUUCUCCGGUGCGGUGGUGUUUGGGCUCACCCUCUACUUCAUGACCCGGCCCAGGGCAGUUUAUCUAGUGGACUACGCCUGCUACCGCCCGCCUGACCACCUCCGCGUUGAUUUCCACAAGUUCAUGCACCACUCGCGGCUCACUGGCGAUUUUGACGACUCGUCUCUCGAGUUCCAGCGCAAGAUCCUCGAGCGUUCCGGUCUUGGUGAGGAAACCUACUUGCCGGAACCGCUGCAUCAGAUCCCACCGCAGCCCUCUAUGGCGAAGGCCCGUGAGGAAGCCGAGCAGGUGAUGUUUGGCGCGUUGGACAAUCUAUUCAAAGCGACGGGCGUCAAGCCCAAGGACAUUGGUGUUCUGGUGGUGAAUUGUAGCCUUUUUAAUCCCACUCCAUCUCUGUCCGCCAUGAUUAUUAACAAGUACAAGCUACGGGGGAAUAUAAAGAGCUUCAAUUUAGGUGGAAUGGGGUGCAGCGCUGGAGUCAUCGCCAUUGACUUAGCAAAAGACAUGCUCCAGCUCCACAGGAACACAUACGCCGUCGUCGUCAGCACCGAAAACAUCACUGAGAACUGGUACUUCGGCAACAAAAAGUCAAUGCUGAUCCCCAACUGCCUCUUCCGCAUGGGCGGAUCAGCCGUCCUGCUAUCCAACCGGGCCUCCGACAAGAGAAGAUCCAAGUACAAGAUGAUGCACGUUGUCAGGACCCACAUAGGAUCCCAAGACACAGCAUUCCGGUGCGUGUACCAGGAGCAAGACGAAAGGGGAAAAACUGGAGUUUCACUGUCAAAAGACCUGAUGGCGAUCGCAGGGAACGCACUGAAAACGAAUAUCACGACGCUUGGCCCGCUCGUCCUCCCGGUCAGCGAACAGCUCCUGUUUUUCGUAACCCUAGUCGCCCGAAAGCUCAUCAACCCGAAAAUCAAGCCGUACAUACCAGAUUUCAAGCUGGCUUUCGACCAUUUCUGCAUACACGCCGGCGGCCGGGCCGUGAUAGAUGAGCUGGAGAAGAAUCUCCGCCUGGAGCCGAUUCAGGUAGAGGCUUCCCGCAUGACUUUGCACAGAUUCGGAAACACCUCUUCCAGUUCAAUUUGGUACGAGCUGGCGUACAUUGAGGCCAAGGGGAGGAUCAGAAAGGGGCAGCGGGUGUGGCAGAUUGCAUUCGGGAGUGGAUUUAAGUGUAACAGCGCGGUGUGGCAAGCGCUGCGGAAUGUGAAGCCGUCGGCGAAUAGCCCGUGGCUGGACUGCAUCGACAGGUAUCCGGUGAAGAUAAUGUACUAAAUAUUCUUUUCUUUUGAAUUUCAUUUGGGCUAGCUGUAAAUUGUUUUCGCGAUUCCAAUUCUGAAUACAGAGAACCGCAGGGUUAUUGCGGUAUCUCUGUAUCGAAAGAUGUAUGAAUGACGACAAAAGCUUCUUCUUUUCUGUAACUUUCUGUUGCAGUUGUUAAUGUGUAGCGGGUUUUAUGUUGUAAAAAUCAAUUACUGUGUUAUAAUCAUCGUUCCUAUUCAAA